UGAUCAGGAAAUGGUCACGCGGUGAUCAGGAGGAAAUGUAGAGUCUGUAAUGUUUUACUUUCAGUGUUCCGAGUCCAGAUUCUGCAGGUUCUGAAUAAGUUUAUUAACGGGGAUGGAGCUCGAGGAAGCGAUACUGAAGCCCGUGUGGUAGCGCGUCUCCGUGGACCAGUGUGGGUCUCUGUGUGCCGGUGUGGCCGCUAGGGGGCGGUGUGGGGCUCCGUGGGGUCCAGAGCCGGUGUUUUUGUUCUUUUGAGGAAGUAUGAGGUGGAAGAAUAACUUCAGUUUGUUCCUCCUUUAAUGUCCACACUGUUCCUCACACACUGAGUGAAGUUUUUCGUGUAUUUGGUUGAAGAUGAAACCCGGAGCUGCAGCACUGCUCUGUGCAUCUGUGUGGGUUUUUACAGUGUACUGUGAUGCCAGAGUGUCUCUGAGUUCUCCAGAUGUUGUGAACUUGGAGGAAAAAGUCUCUCAGAAUCUCACCAUUACAGCGAGUUCUUCUCUGAAUGUUACUGUGUACAUCUACUUCAAUAUAACAUACCACUCUUCAAACAUCUCUUCAAUAAUUCAUCUCCCAGAAGAGGUGAUUCUGCCAGCAGAUGAAACUUCAACCCGUUUUGAAGUGCAAACAAAAGGUGUUGGACAGGUCACAGCUUAUCUGUACAGCAACAACAGCGAAAUCCAAAGCCUACAAACUCGAAUCAGAUUUUUGGUCAUCAGAAGCAAUGUUCUCAAUGUCAUCAACAAGAUCAUCGGCUGGAUCUACUUCCUGGCCUGGUCCAUAUCCUUCUAUCCGCAGGUGUAUGAAAACUGGAAAAGAAAGAGCGUGGUGGGACUGAACUUUGAUUUUCUCGCGCUCAACCUCACUGGAUUCAUUGCUUACAGUGUCUUCAAUAUCGGACUCUACUGGAUACCUUACAUACAAGAAGAAUUUCUGAAGGGAAAUCCGAAUGGAGUGAAUCCAGUGGAGGCUAACGAUGUGUUCUUCAGUCUGCAUGCGGUGGUUUUGACUCUGAUCUACAUCUGCCAGUGUGUGAGAUAUGAGAGAGGAGGCCAGAAGGUGUCCAACGUGGCGAUUUUCUUCCUGGUGGUCGCCUGGACGUUUGCGUUUGUCACGCUUUUUGUUGCUGUUGCUCAGAAGAUCACGUGGCUGAAUUACAUGUACUGCUUCUCCUACGUGAAACUGGGUGUAACGCUGAUUAAAUACAUCCCUCAGGCUUACAUGAACUAUCAGAGACAAAGCACAGAAGGGUGGAGCAUCGGCAACGUGCUACUGGACCUAACAGGUGGCAGUUUCAGUGUGCUCCAGAUGUUUCUGCAGUCCUACAACAAUGAUCAGUGGAAGCUCAUAUUUGGAGAUCCAACAAAAUUCGGAUUGGGAAUCUUCUCAGUAUUUUUUGACGUCAUAUUUAUGAUCCAGCACUACUGUCUGUACCGCAAUAAAAGUCCAGUAUAUCAGCUACUGAGCAGUGAGAACUAGGAGUGUGUGUGUGUGUGUGUGUGUGUGUGUGUGUGUGUGUGUGUGUGUGUGUUCGUGUUCAGGUAAAGGUGCCUUAAAGUUGGAUUGUGGGCCUCUGCCUUACCUGAGAAUAAUGAUUUUGUAAAUAUCAGCUUUAUAUGAAAUUUUAUACCAAUUUUUUAAAUCCAGUUUAUAAACAAAAAUUUUGAUAUUUAGAGGUCAGAGGUCAAAUCUUAAAAUUUAGUCAAGAUGUUUUUUUUUAUGAUAAGGAAAUAAUUUUUAUAACAACUACACUUCUGUUAAAGUUCUCUGAAUUAAAAUAUUAAAAGUUUAA